CAAUCAGCGGUCACGAGGCCUGCAGUGUAUCCUGAUUGGUUAGAACAUGCGGAAGACAGAAGAGAAACACAUGGGUACAGUCCUGCAGAUCGUGGAUAGAAAUAAAAAGACAUUUUAAAGCAGAUUUUAAACAUAAAUCAUGUGGCGUUUGAGACAUCUUGCACCAAUGAUUCUUCAGUGAAAGCAAUUUAAUCUGAAGAGAUGGAGACAGCCGCCCUGGUAGCUCCAGUCACAGCUCUGGAGUUCCUUCAGGAUGCAUUUCUGCUGACAGGUGAGGGUCCAGUCUUGACGGUGUACAGUCUCAGACCUCGCCCUAAAGCCUGUGCCUCACUGAGCGUGCUCCACCACUACAGGAUCCAUGGGAUAAGACCUAGAAGUCUGACGGCUGUCCGACCGCAGAGUUCUGCCACAGGAACGUAUGGGAAAGAGAAAGAACUGAGGUCCACCUCAGAGCCCAACUUCUAUGACCUAGCAGUGUUUGGAGGCAAGGCUGUGAGGCUGGUGAGGCUCCAUGUGGAUCUCCGUGAUGGGGAGCAUCUGUACUUGGAGAUUCUGGGUCCCCUCAUGGAGCUCCAGGACUGGGCCCUGGAUGUCCGCUGGCUCUCAGGAGACAAACACUCACUGCUUUGUGUGGCGGUAGCCCAUAACAGUGCUCUCCUCCUAGAUGUCAUUACAGGAAAUGCCCUGAUUCAGCGCUCCUGUCUGGAGGGGUGUCUGCUGUACUCUGCCCUCCUUCUGGUGCAUGAAUCCUGGGCAGAUACUGUCGUAGUAGGAGGGACUGUUUUCAACCAGCUGGUUCUCUGGAAGCCUGGAGGAGGAGACAAAAGUAACAACUCUGAGUGCAAAGCUCCAGUUGAGAGACGCCUGCUUGGCCACAGCGGUGUCAUUUUCAACAUCUCUUACCUUCAGGAGAAAGGAUGGCUGGCUUCAGCCUCUGAUGACCGCAGCAUAAGGGUGUGGGGUGUUGGUCCUUUAGGGGGUCCUGGAGGUAAAUGUGGGCACUUGGAUCCUGUUUGUUUAAGGGUUCUAUAUGGACACCAGGCCAGGGUGUUCUCAGUGCGUCUCUCUCCGGGGAAUGUUUUCAGUGCUGGGGAGGAUGGGGCCUGUUUAGUCUGGGACUGGGCUGGAGGUGGUAAGGUGGUGCGUACAUUGAAGGGACACAAAGCAGGGGGCGUUCGUGCACUUGCAGUCAGUGAGGGGACAGAAGAUGAAGAGAGAUGGGUGGCUACAGGAGGGGCAGAUGGAGGAGUCAGGUUGUGGAGGGUGGAAGGUAGAGAGGAGAAGACAGACAAAUCAGAGGAAGCAGUGACAGAGAAGCUAAAUGACCUGAAAUUUCCUGGUCAAGGCUUACCUAAAGUGGUUUGUAUAGCAGGGGAAGAGAAUGACAAUGCAAGCUGCAGUCAGAGUAAGCUUGUGGUUUGCACUGACCAAGGAAUAGUUUACCAAUAUAGUGAUGGGCAGUGGGAGAUUGUCUGGCAUGGAUCUCCUGAGUUUCAGUCUUAUUGUGUGAUGGAAACAAUAACUGUCAGUGUGAAGGACGCAACAGCAAAAGUUCAUCUGUGUGCUGUGGGAAACCUCAGUGGGUCCAUACAGGUCUUUCCCAUCUCUCAUCCUCAGUGUGGGAUUCUUCUCACAGGUGGACCUAGGAAGAUUCAUAGUCUUAUUUGGCAAGUGGCAAAAGAGAGGUUAUUUUUACUAGCAUCAGGUGCUGAAGGACUUGUCUAUCGCUGGUGUAUAGAUGUAAAAUUAGAUGAAAAGCGUUCCUUAGCUCUCAAUAUAAAUCCUCUUCCUUCUUUCCUCCUUCCUUCCUGUGCCAAACGCUGGCUGACAGCUGCAGUGUGCCUCCACUCCGCAUCUGAAAAGUUGUUGUGGGUGUGUGGGGACAGGAGAGGCUCCCUGCUUUUGUUUCAGGAAGGAGGAAAACUGGAGCAAAAGAUGGGAGAUGACAAAAGCGUAGUUGAAAGCUUGCUGACAGGCAAGGAACAAACUGACCUAACGCUGCAUCCACUGAGCUGCUUGUUUGGAGUGCAUGGAAAACAGGGUGUAACUUCAGUGUGUGAGUACCAGGGACUGCUGUACAGCGCUGGCAGGGACGGCUGUGUGAGAGUCUUCAGAGUGCAUCCAGCUCCACCAAAAAAACUUGAAGAAAAGAGUGUAGAGAACAAAGGAGGGCUUCAGCUGGAGGUUCUCAGAGUCCAGCGGGCCUGUAAAGGUAUGGAGUGGCUGGAGAGGGUUUUGAUCCUUGAACCUGAAAUUCCAGGGGAAGAGGACAAGGAGGAAUGUGAGAACCACGACAACACAAAGAAACACAACAUGACAGAAAAACUGGAGGUUACAGAGGAGGGAAAAGAUGAGGGGAGCUUUGGUAAAGAAGAAAAGACAAAAGAGAACAAAGGAAGAGAAGCCAGAUUUGUCAUCGUUGGCUUUCAUGCCAUCCACUUUGUGGUUUGGGACCCAGUGAAGCAGGAGAGGCUGCUUGCAGUACCUUGUGGUGGGGGGCAUCGCUCCUGGGGUCUCUGGCCAUCCCACAAAGGGAUUUGGCCUGGAUAUGGAACUCUGGUCUUCAUCAAGCAGGGGGCUGUCAUGGCUUCACAACCCCCUGGAGAGACAAUGAGUUGGGCUGGGAAAGCAGGAAGGGCUGGAGGAUGGGGCCUGAGAGAGGGCGUCCAUGGGAGGGGGAUUGGGUGUGUUUGCAGGCUGGGGAGGAUCAGGGGACUCGGGAAUGGGACUGAAACAACAAGUACAGGACAUGUGACUGAAACUGAGGGAAGGAGUAGACUCAAAGAUGAAGUAAAGGAGGUGCAAAGAGAGGAAGGGCACUGGGAGAUAGUGGUGACUGGAGGAGAGGACACUAGCUUAACCAUCCUCGCAGUACAUCCUAACUCGGGCAGAAUCAAAGUCCUCUCUGUUAUCACUGAUCACAUCUCAAGUGUUCGGACGGUGACGGCAGUCACGCAUCCGGAGGGAGGGAGUGAAAACCAGACUCAGUCUCUGUCUGCUCUGCUCGUGUCAGCUGGCGGGCGAGCUCAGAUACAGUGUUACCGGCUGUUGAUCAGUUGGGACAGGCAGAGACUAAUUCCCUCCUGCCAGGUGAUCCAGGUGGCCCAUCACCGAUUGGACGAGCAGUGGGAGAGGAGGCGGAACCGACACAAGAUGGUGAAAAUGGAUCCAGAAACAAGGUACAUGUCUGUGGUGGUGGUGGUGGAUGAAAAGACAGACUGUCGUCUUCUGGCUCUGGCCUGCAGUGAUGGAGCUCUCAGACUUUUCUCAGUCAGUGAAGUUAAACGUCAGAUUGAUUUGUUGUGGGAGACGUUUCACCAUCAGCGCUGUGUGCUCAGUGUUGCCACCUGCAGCCUGGAGGAUGGAAAAGGCAACAGGUAUAAGCUGCUGUUUAGUGCUGCGACAGAUGGCAAAAUUGCAGUGUGGGACCUGACUGAAGUGUCUUUCUUAUCGCCUGGUACUACUCCGCCAAUCCCCUGCCUCGACAUUCCUGCCCACCAGAGCGGCGUCAACGCAUUGGCUGUUUGGGCAAAUAAACUGGGACAACAAGGGGGCGGUUGCCUGGUAACUGUUGCUAGCGGAGGGGAUGAUGGGCAGCUAACAGUGUCCAUGAUAAUGGUGCAAUACCCAGAAGAUGGAAAGGUCCAACCCUCAAACAGGCUUCAUCUUCAUCUUCACUCUCAGUCUCACAUCCCACUGGCUCACGCUGCCCCUCUGACUGCCUUGAAGUUCCUGAGCCCAGGCCUUGUGGUCUCCACUUCUUCAGAUCAAAGGGUUUGCAUGUGGAGGGUUGGCAGUACCGGCAUCAGCCACAUCAAGGCGCUGUGCUCCCACGUCGCAGAUGCUGCAGGACUCGCAGUUUGGGAGGGGGAAUCAACAGAGGAGGAGGAAAAGAGGAAAACAAGGCUCGAGUCUGAGCAGGGAAUUGCAAUUUGGAGAGGGAAGGGGAGUCCAACUGGAUUAAAACCAACUCCGGGUGAGACAGGUGGGAGAGUGAGUAAGGAUAAAGAAACAGCUGAUGAGGUCAAGGGUGAAGAAACUGUUGAAGCUGACUGCAAGACAGGUGGCCCAGUUUGUACAAGCAGUGAUAAGACGGGAGGUGAGACAGCUAGUGAACAUAGAAAUCAAACAGAGAUAGACGGUACAACUGAGAGUGAGGUGAACAGCGAGACAGAUUUAAAGGCUUCCUUUGAGAGCAAGAAGAGAGAAAAGAGCGGAUGGUUGCUGGUCUGCGGUCAGGGCUUCCAGCUACUACAAGUCAGAAAUCCAGAGAUGGAUGCAGAGAAGUGGACUACAAAAAGAGAAAGAGAAAAGGAGGAGGUGGACCACAGAGUUAAAGUGACUCUACAAGAAAAGUCAACAUAAGCGGAAUCAAAAGAUGGCAGCGUUCCAAACAGUCACUUUCUCAAUGGACACGUUUUAAAUAUUAUUUAUUGAUUAUCUGUGCAAUUUCUUGAUUGCAGCUGUAUGAUUUGAUAUCAGGUUAAUUUCACUUUUAAUCACUCAAUUUUAAAAAUUCAUUUUUAAUAAAGUUUAUUUAUUCUCCA